UCGCUUUAUCCCCUUACCUUGUAAGCUUAAGAUUCAUCCAUUUUCAUUCUAAAACUGCAAUUUAUAUUUUAAACAGUAUUUUCCAUAAUAAUAUAACAGUAUAAACAAAACUAUCCAUUCCAACUAAGCUUUCAUUAUGCAAGUUUAUCAUCUCUAUGACUCUGUCUCUAUCCAACCAAUCUGCACGGAAGAAUAUAUAUUCUUGAAUAAAUAAAUAAAAAAUAAACCCAUUUACAGUCUUGUCUUUUAUACGAUAUACAUCUAUACAAUUACACAGGAGCAGCAAAACGGAACCAAACAGUGAAACGGAGAGAGAGACAAAUGCUGAGGGUGUUAGCCAAGAGGACAUCAGCUUCAGUUUUGAACUCAGACUCACUUGAGCUUCUCAAGAGACGGCAAUUGUGUAGUCUAAAUGUCCUUCUCGAUGGUCUGGAUAGAAAUUCUGAAGCUUUUGUCAAAAACUCCGAGGUUAUGGAAGGUUUGGUCGCCCAACUCCAUUCCCACAUCCAAAAGGUUCUUGAAGGAGGAGGAGUUGAGGCUGUUAAGAGGAAUAUGAGCAGGAACAAGCUCUUGCCUAGACAAAGAAUUGAUCGCCUUAUCGACCCUGGCUCUUCUUUUCUUGAGCUUUCCCAGGUUGUUGUGGGAACAUUGUUUUUGGGUGUAUUGGAUAUUUUUGACCCAUUUCUAUGGGUUUGGUUGUUACAGUUAUGGAUCAAAUGCAUUUGUGUGAUUUUUCUGCAACGCAAUACAGGAAUUAUAGAACCUUAUAUGUUUCAUUUUUAUGCUAAACAAUGCAUUUUAGAAUUAGAAUUGUUUGAUUAAUUAAACUUUGCAAGUUUGUCUGUUGACUCAUUGACAGAAAAUUUGAGUUAAGUACAUAUUUUGGUCUGG